AGUGAAAGUGAUUGAGAUCUUCAGUGAAGGUCCUCCUACAACAAUCCACCAAUAAAUGCUGGAGUCAAACACACAGAGAAAUCACUCCAUGUGUGACAACUGAAAUCUUCAUGACAUAAUGUUGAUGCUGGUGAAAGAGGAGCUUGAGAAGAUGACAGAUCCACAACCAUGCAGAAUAAAGGAUGAAGAUACUGAGGAACAAAUAGAUAUGAUGGAAGUGAAAGAGGAGAGUCAAGCUGAAGUGGAUGAAAAACAUCAGAUUUUAAAAAUAAUCCAUAAUGUUUCACAGAAAGAAACUCUGAAGACAGAAGACAUAAAGUGUGAAAAUAGUUUCAGAGAAGAUGAACGCCUUGAAGAUCACAAGAGGACUCACAGUGAAGAGAAACCUUUCGCAUGUCAACAGUGUGGAAAGAGUUUCAUAACAAAACCUAAGCUUAAAGAACACAUGAGGAUUCACACCGAAAAGAAAAGACACCCAUGCCAUCACUGUGGAAAGAGUUUUACAGCUGCAGGUAACCUUGAGAUACACAUGAGGUCUCACACUGGAGAGAAACCUUACACUUGUCAUCAAUGUGGAAAGAGUUUCUCUAUUGAAAGUAACCUUAAGAUACACACAAGGAUUCACACCGGAGAGAAACCGUUCACAUGCCAUGAGUGUAAAAAAUGUUUCAGAAUUAAAUGUAGCCUUAUAAGACACAUGAAAAUUCACAAAGGAGAGAACCCUUACGUGUGUUUUCAGUGUGAAAAGAGUUACAGUAAUAAACAUGGACUUGAGAUUCACAUGAGAAUUCACACUGGGGAGAAACCUUUCAUAUGUUUUCAAUGUGAAAAGAGUUUCACAAGUAAAGGUGCUCUUAAGAUACACAUGACAGUUCACACUGAAGAGAAACCGUUCACAUGCCAUCUGUGUGGAAAGAGUUUUAAAAUAAAACGUAACCUUAAUGCACAUGUGAGAAUUCACACUGGAGAGAAACCAUUUGUGUGCCAAGAAUGUGGAAAGAGUUUCACCUUUCAAUCGGGCCUUAUCCAGCACAUGAAAGUUCACAGUGGGGAAAGGCCACACGCAUGCCAUCAUUGUGACAAGAGUUUCUCCAAUACAACUCAACUUGAGAUGCACAUGAGGUCUGAGAAAACUUACACUGGAGAGAAACCUCACGCAUGUCUUCCGUGUGAAAAGAGUUUCACAAGUGAAGACACUCUUAAGAGACACAUGAUAACUCACACCAGAGAGAAACCGUUCAUUUGUCAUCAGUGUGGAAAGAGUUUUACAUUGAAACGUAACCUUAAUGCACAUGUGAGAAUUCACACUGGAGAGAGACCAUACGUGUGUCAUCAGUGUGGAAAGAGUUUCAGGACAAAAUCUAACCUUGAUGUACAUUUGAGAACUCACACUAAAAAGAAACUGUUCACAUGCCAUGAGUGUAAAAAGAGUUUCAAAACAAAAGCUAACCUUAAAAAACACGCAAGAUUUCACACUCAAUAGAAACCAUUCAUGUGUCAACAGUGUGGAUAUGGCAACAAAGUUGGUGUACGGCAAAAAAGAUUGAGGCCAUUUCUUAAUGUGUUCUUGUGAAACGUCAUCAGUCAUGGCCCAAGUACUGUUCCAAUUCCAAGUUUGCAUCAAGUCAAGUUCACAUAACAUCCCUGAAUGUGUUCUUGAUCCACUCAUUUUAUUGAGGAUGCAUCAGGAGGUGUAUUGUGUGGACUUACGACAGACAAGUUUCUCAGAAUGGAUUUCGCGUCAACGGCAAUGAAGCUUAAAACCGGCACAAUAUUCAAAAUAUUACUCUUCCUGGUCUGACCUUCAGUGUCUGAUCAUCAAACAUGAAA